GACUCAUGCUCCCCGGCAGCCAGCAGGAGCUGAGAGCAUGGGCUCCCCAGGGGCCGCGACAGGCUGGGGGCUUCUGGAUUACAGAACUGAGAAGUACGUGAUGACCAGGAACUGGCGGGUGGGCGCCCUGCAGAGGCUGCUGCAGCUCGGGGUCAUGGUCUACGUGGUGGGGUGGGCCCUCCUCGAGAAAAAAGGCUACCAGGAGCAGGACCUGGACCCCCAGAUUUCCGUUAUCACCAAACUCAAAGGGGUUUCCGUGACUCAAAUCAAGGCGCUGGGGAACCGGCUGUGGGACGUGGCCGACUUCGUGAAGCCGCCACAGGGAGAGAACGUGUUCUUCUUGGUGACCAAUUUCCUUGUGACACCAGAACAAGUGCAGGGCAGAUGCCCAGAGCACCCCUCCAUUCCACUGGCGAACUGCUGGGCUGACGAGCACUGUCCUGAAGGGGAGACGGGGACGCACAGCCACGCCCCCUGCCCACUCCCUCCCCAGGCCCUGUGGAGACUUGAGGGCCUGGAGUUUGUCUUGUGUUUUCAAGGCAUAAAAACGGGCCAGUGUGUGGAGUUCAAUGGGACCCACAGGACCUGUGAGAUCCGGGGCUGGUGCCCUGUGGAGAGCAACAGUGAGCCCACGAAGCCCCUGCUGCUCCAGGCUGAGAACCUCACACUGUUCAUCAAAAACACUGUCACCUUCAGCAAGUUCAACUUCUCCAGGUCCAAUGCCUUGGAGACCUGGGAUGCCACUUAUUUCAAGCGCUGCCGCUACGACCCACGCUUCAGCCCCUACUGCCCUGUGUUCCGCAUCGGGGACCUUGUGGCCGCAGCUGGAGGGGUCUUUGAGGACCUGGCGUUGCUGGGAGGGGCUGUGGGCAUCUUUGUCCACUGGGACUGUGACCUGGACGCCGGGGGCUCCGACUGUCGACCCCACUACUCCUUCCAGCUGCAGGAGAGGAGCUACAACUUCAGGACAGCCACUCACUGGUGGGAGGCCUCAGGAGUGGAGGCGCGGAGCCUGCUCAAGCUCUACGGGAUCCGCUUCAACAUCCUUGUCACUGGGCAGGCAGGGAAGUUCGGGCUCAUCCCCACAACUCUCACUCUGGGCACUGGAGUGGCUUGGCUGGGUGUGAUCACCUUCUCCUGUGACCUGCUGCUGUUGUACGUGGAUGGGGAAGCCCAUUUCUAUUGGAGAACCAAGUAUGAGGAGGUACCUGAGCCUUCGCCUCCUCUCUGGCCUGAGUCCGUCCCCACAGGACUUGCUGCGACUCACCUGCUGUCGCCGCCGCCGCCGCUCUGCGUGCUGCGCCUGCCCCGCCCCCCCGCGCUGCCUGCGUGCUGGGCCCGCCCCCGCACUGUGCGCCAGAUCCAGCACUGGGCCCUACCUCGUGGUCACACAAACGCUCAGCCCACCCUACCCAUACCUCACACGGUCAAGACCAGAGCUCACCAGGUUCUAGAGAAGCCCUAUUACUGUGCCUGGUUUGCAGAUGAUGAAACCCAGGCCACCAGGGACGUGGCUGGGCCAAGUGCUGGACCCUACCGAGAAAGGCAGUCACACAGAGCAACACCAUGAAGACGCAGUGAAGAUAAAGCACCAAAAAAUACAAGAGAAGAAGAGAGAACACUUCCCACCUCAUCAUACGAAGCCAGGAUCACCCUGACACCAAACCCAACAAAGACAUCACAAGGAAAGAAAACUAUAGACCAAUAGCUUUUAUGAAUAUAAAUGCAGAAUUGCUCAACUGAAUACUAGCAAAUCUAAUCCAGCAACAUAUGAAAAGGACCACGCAGGAUUUAUCCCAGGAACACAAGAUCGAUUUAUCAUCUGAAAAUCCAUCAAUGUAAUAUGCUGUACUAGAAUAAAGGACAAAAACCACAUGAUCAUCUCAACAGACACAGAAAAAGGCAGUCGACAAACCUGGAAUAGAAGGGACCACCCUCAAACUGAUAAAGACCAGCUACGAAAAACCCUCAGCUCCUGUACUCAAUGGUGAGAGACUUUCCCUUUGAUCAGGAACAGCAGCAGGAUGUUCUCUCUCACCACUUGUAUUCAACAUUUUACUGGAGGCUCUGCCCAUGGCAGUUAGGUGAGAACAUGAAAUAAAAGGAAUCCAGAUUGGGAGGGAAGAAGUAAAACUGUCUCUAGCCUCAGAUGACAUGAUCUUAUGUAGAGAAAAUCCUAAGGAAUCCACACAAAAAAAUGUUGGAACUAAUAAACCAGUUCAGCAAAGGUGAAGGAUACAAGAUCAAUAUACAAAAAUCAAUUGUAUUUCUAUACACUAGCAAUGAACUAUCCAGAAAUGAAAUUAAUAAAACAACUCUGCCUACAUAGCAUCAAAAAGAAUAAAUUUAUGUAUAAACAUACUUAGAGUAAAUUUAACAAAAGAAAUACAAGACUGGUACACUGAAAUCUACUAAACAUGAUUGAAAAAAGUAAAAGAAAACCUAAAUAAGUGGAAAGACAUCCCACAUUCAUGGACUGGAAAACUUCAUAUUGUCAAGAUGGCAAUACUCCCCAAAUUGGUCUGCAGAUUCAGUGCAAUCCCUAUCAAAAUCCCAACUGCCUAUAUUCCAGAAAUUAUCAAGUUGAUCCUAAAAUUCAUAUGGAGAUGCAAGGGACCCAGAAUAGCCAAAACAAUUUUGACAAAGAACAAAGUUGGAGGACUUACACUUUCUGAUUUCUAAACUGACUGCAAAGCUACAGUACUCAAAACAGUGUGAUACUGAAAUAAGGACAGACAUAUAGAUCAAUGGAAUAGAAUUGAGAGUCCAAAAAUAUUGGCAAUUAAUUUUUUAAAGUUUAUGGCCAAUUGAUUUUUUAAAAAUAGGCUUUUUUAGAGCAGUUGGAUUCACAACACAAUUGAUCAGAAGAUGGAGUUCCCAUAUACCCCCAGCCCCUACACAUGCACAGCCUCCCCCACUAUCAAAAUCCCCCACCAGAUUGGUACAUUAGUUAUAAUUGAUGAAUCUAAAUUGACAUGUCAUUAUCACCUAAAGUCCACAGUUUACACUUGGGUUCACUCAUGGUGUUGUACAUUCCAUGCAUUUUGACAAAUAUAUAAGGACAUGUAUACACUGUUACAGUAUGCCCUAAAAUUUCUCCCUGCUUCAUCUAUUCAUCCUUCCCUCCCCACUAACCCCUGGCAGCCACUGAUCUUUUCGCUGUCUCCACAGUUUUGCCUUUCCAGAAUGUCAUAUAGUUGGAAUCACACAGUACUUAACCUUUUCUGAUUGGCCUUUUUCACUCACUAAUGUGCAUUUAAGGUUGUCUUAUGUCUUCUCAUGGCUUGAUAGCUCCUUUCUUUUUAGCACUGAGUAAUAUUUUGUCUGGAUGGACCAUAGUUUAUUUAUCCAUUCACCUACUGAAGGACUUCUUGCUUGCUUCUAAGUUUUGGCAAUUAUGAAUAAAGCUGCUGUAAACAUCCAUGUGCAGGUUUUUGUGUGGACAUAAGUUUUCAGCUC